ACAAUAUCAGAUUGGCCGAGUUUACUACCUAUAAGCCAGGUAUACUUGUAAUGGAACAUACAAUGCUCCCUCGCAUUCUUGGUCAGAAUCUCGCAGAGAUGAAUCCCGAGUCAUGUUUGUACAAGUUUGUCCGGGCUAUGAAGGAGUCCACCACCAUUAAAUGCGCAAAGUGCCAGCUAAGUCUUUAUCGACCAAAUGAAGGGAAUCAAAUAGGUGAUAAGUUGGGUGAAGAAGUAGAUAUUGAAAUGGGUGAAGAGGUAGCUAUUGAAAUGGGUGAAGAGGCAGCUAUUGAAAUGGGUGAAGAGGUAGCUAUUGAAAUGGGUGAAGAGGUAGCUAUUGAAAUGGGUGAAGGCAUAAGUGAAGGUGUGGUUACUGAAGCGGUUGAUAAGGAUAAGAAAGAUAAUAUGUGCGAUAAUAAUGAAGCGAAGGAAAUCGCAGACAAUCUAAAUAGUGCGCCACCUCCUCCUAUACUUGACGAAAAUCUGUACUUUGGUUUGCUUUGCUAUCUCUCAUGUGGUCAUAUGAUUUGUACCGGCUGUGCAAAAGUAGAUGGGAUGGAGGAGAGUAUAUGGCUACUAAAAUGUCCAACUUGCCAACAAGACAUUGACGCGAAAGAAACCGUCCGGCUUAUAUAUAAGCCCUUACCUAGCAUUGUUUUUAUCGAAGGCAGUACUAAAGUGCCCGUCACUGAUCUCUACCAGGCUAAAAUCACAGCAUGCCAUGAAAAGCCUCUCUACCUUUAUAUCUCUUGUCGAGAGGCCGAUUGGCUUUGUUGCCCACCCUUACAAGAAGUAGGCUAUGACACUCUCCAUCCAC